GCGGGAGCUUAGAGCGAUUACCACAUUCACGCAGUAACCCGUAUACAUGCUAGGCCACACGUCAACAGCAAGCAUUGAGCAAUGCGUCAUAUUUUUCUCGAGCUGCUUUCCUGCGCGUGUUGAUCAUCAGUAUGCGAUAACAUCACACAUUACUAAAGCAAAUUUUAUAGAAAACAGAGCAAACUUGCGAGCAGAGGCUUCGGUAAAGCAGCAGCACAACGUAUGUCACGUCACACCCGAACGCUGUACAUCAGCAGACGUCUUCUGCACACCAUCGUGUAUGUAAUCGAACGAAUACCCACCAUCACCUAAGUCGUCACGGAUA